GUUGGUAUCGAUGCGGCCAUUCAUUGACUUUUUUGCAACACAGAAACACGGAGAACUGCGAAUCACAGCAACUAAAUUUAAGUGCCAGCAUAAACAUUAAUUUUUUAUGCACAAUUGCUGGAAUAACGAACAAAAUAAAUUGAAUGGCUUUAACCUCAAAAGCGGGCUUGAACUCAAAAUUCCCCAUACGUAACGUUGUACCAACAACAAAACGGCAAUAAGAACUACAAUAGCAUAAAGAAACAACAACUACGACAACUAAUCCAAAGGUACAUCUUAGAAAGUGUAUCGGAAAUUCAAAAUUAUAAUAUUGAAGUUCUCUGGAAUUGGAUAAACAACAACUUAUCACGCCCGCAGCCGCUUCGACACAAACAACAUGAAUGCACUACUGCGUCAUAAGGGGCCGAAUGCGAGAUCAAACCACAUUAUCCAAAAUUUCUACAAGCGCUAUCUCCGAACGAAUUACUGCGUCUGUUGCGCAACGAAACACAAUGCAGAACAGACGUCUGGACGGCGUGCACAGAUCCUGCAGAAUAAGAAACACCCCACUGUGAUAGAAACGGCUUCGAUUUCUUCAUUUCAUGUGCCCCUGCGAUAUCAUCAUCCGUACUCCAGCUAUGGUAUUCGGCAUCUUCACGUUUCGCGAGCUCUUCAUGAGGCGUCCCAAUCAAAAGUGGAUGCCACAGUGAAAAAGCUGAAAAAUCAACAAAAAGAGAAAGUCGAGGAGAUCAUGAAGGAAGUGGCCAAUGGGCAGCCAGCAACUACUACGACAGCCGCAGCAACUGCGACCAGUGCAGCAGCUGGCGUAAUGAAAGAAAGUACAAAAGGCUCGGCGACAGCGCAGGUAGCAGUAGCUGAGGCAGCCCCGAACACAAUAGUAAAAACAAAACCCAAAAAGCCAAUGCAACAAGUCAUUUGGGAGGAAAUAUUGCACUAUUACCAUGGCUUUCGGCUCCUGUUUAUUGAUGUGGCGAUCAGCACGAAGCUAUUGUGGCGAGUACUUAAUGGCAAAACAAUGACGCGCCGUGAGAAUAAACAAUUGAUGCGCACCACCUCAGAUCUGUUUCGACUCAUACCCUUCUCAGUCUUCAUUGUGGUGCCCUUCAUGGAGUUACUAUUGCCUGUCUUUAUCAAAUUCUUUCCUGGCAUGUUGCCCUCGACGUUCCAAACAGCAAAGGAUCGGCAGGAGCGCUUGCGUCAGUCCUUGGGAGUGCGCCUGGAAGUAGCCAAGUUUUUACAAAAAACGCUCGGCCAAAUGCCAGUACAGCACAAAGAGCACAAAAGCCAAGAGGCUAAAGACUUCGAAGAUUUCUUUCGUAGGAUUCGCAGCCCCAACGAAUAUGUGGGCAAUGAAGAAAUCAUUAAGUAUGCCAAACGCUUUGAUGAUGAGAUCACAUUAGAUUCGCUAUCGAGGGAGCAACUUGCUGCGCUUUGUCGUGUUCUAGAGCUCAACACGAUCGGGACCACGAUGCUGUUAAGAUUCCAGUUGCGUCUCAAGUUACGCUCGCUGGCCACUGAUGAUCGUGUAAUAGCACGUGAGGGCGUCGAUUCGCUUGAUCUCUUUGAACUUCAGCAAGCGUGCAAGGCCCGAGGCAUGCGAGCUUACGGUCUUACAGCGGAGCGUUUGCGCUUUCAGCUUAAAGAAUGGAUAGAUCUGUCCCUAAACGAGCAGGUUCCACCCACCUUGUUGCUGCUUUCGCGCGCCAUGCUUAUCUCGGACGAUAGCAUCACCACCGAUAAACUCAAGGAGACGAUGCGCGUGUUGCCAGACGCAGUAGCCGCUCACACUCGUCAUGCUAUUGGUGAACGAGAAGGUAAGGUGGACAAUAAGACGAAGAUCCAGGUCAUACAAGAGGAAGAGCGUAGGAUCAAAGAAGAACGUCUGGAGGAACAAGAGGAGAAGAUCGCCAAGCGAUCGGCGAUCAAGGAGGACAUACCAGCGCCCUACGUUUAUGCUGAGGAUCUAGCAAAGGCAAAAGUGUUGGAUUCUACCUUAGACUGUCUAGACAGCAAGCCAGAAAAGGAAGCAGAUGGAAUUUCCUCUACGGAUGUGCAGCUGCUUUCCGACGCAUUGAAGUCAUUAUCCACUGACAAACAACUGGUUGUUGAAAAAGAGACGAUCAAGGAGUUAAAGGAGGAACUACGUGACUACAAGGACGAUGUCGAGGAGCUGCAUGAGGUGCGGCAAGUGGUUAAGGAGCCGGUGCGCGAAAGUCGGGCUGCCAAACUAUUGUAUAACCGUGUGAACAAGAUGAUAUCGCAGCUCGAUACUGUUCUGCACGAUUUGGAGAACCGUCAAGCGCACAUAAAGAAGGUCGAAACCAGUGGUUAUUCAUCAGUUGCAGCGCCGCGUGCAGAAGUGGUGCACAUCGACGAGCUGGUGGCCACCAUUCGUCGUAUGAAGGAAUCCUCAGAUGAGGAACGAUUCAAAGUGGUUGAAGAUCUGAUGGUUAAGCUAGACGCGGACAAGGAUGGUGCCAUUUCGGUGCAUGAGAUCACAAAAGUCGUGCAAAGCAUCGACAGCGAGGCGACAAAAAUUGACAAAAAACAGUUGGAGGAGUUCACUGAUCUACUGACGAAGCAGGCCUCAAAGCGUCGUCACGAAGAAAUCGUCCGUAUUGAUGAUCUAAUGCUGAACAUCAAAAUGCUAAAAGAAACGUCCGAUGAGGCGCGCCUCAAGCACAUCGAAACCGUUCUGGAUAAAUUCGAUGCUGACAAGGAUGGUGUGGUGACUGUCAAUGAAAUACGCAAGGUGCUCGAGUCUCUUGGACGAGACAAUAUUAAGUUGAGCGAUAAGGCUAUCGAAGAGCUAAUUGCGUUACUCGACAAGGAGCAGAUACUGCACGCUGAGCAAAAGAUCGAAAAAGCCAUUGCGAAGAGCAUUAAGGAGGCUGAGAAACUGAAAGCAGAGGUUGAGAAGACGGACAAGGAAAUGGCCAAACUAGUAGACGAUAUUCAUGAUUCGGCUAAAGAGAUUCAAGAUAUUGCCACGGAAUUGGGUGCCCUUGAAAAGGCUGAAGAAAAGGCAAAUCAGCUCGUCGACAAGUUAAAUGACACAGCUAAGACCCUUAAAGAUGAGUCUGCACUUGAAAAGGCGAAAAAGAAGGCAAAUCUAAAUGUUGAUGAGUUAAAGGACGUAGCCAAAGGCCUUAAAGUUGAGCCCGCGCAUAAGGAUAUGGCCAAAAUAUUGAAGGACAACGCCAAGGAACUAAAUCCACAGCCCCCAGCUGACGAUAAGCCCGGUUCCAAUGCUCCAAACAAACGUACACCGCCCAAAGCCUCGGGGGGCACAAACCAACCUUUUGGCGGAGGUGAGGCGCCUAAGAUGGGUACAACGAACAGUACCAGAGGAUCGGGAAUACCGACCUCCGAUGCUGUGAUUCGCGAAGCGGCCGAACGGCAGAUAGAAAAACUGCUGCCAACAACCGAAAUAAGCGUUCCACCAACGAUACCAACAAGUCCGCCCUCACCGUCAGCCAAGCCAAAACCACCUGCAUCCACAAAGGCCACCGCCACCGUUUCGACAGCUGCAUUGCCCCAGGAUAGCGUAAAGAAGGUUCUCUGAUAUGGAUCUACGCCGGCUAACGCUGGCAAAGCCACAACGACAAUAAGGACGAAGAAGGGGAAGACAACGACAACCAUUAAAAAUGAUGAAAAUUUACCUGAAACUGAGCGAUAAACUAUCCAACGCAUUCAAUAACGUUUGUCGAAUCUGUCAGCAUCACUGUUUGACUGACAUUUUGUCAGCAUUGCGAAUGUAAUUGCGCCGAUUGUACCCAAUUAAUUGAGUUACUAAUAGUGCGGAAACUCAAAUCUAUUCGUAAAGAAAAUUUUAACUGUGUAUUUAACUCUAA